AUGUCAACAUCACCGACGUCAUCAUCAGUUGCAGCAGCCUAUGCACUUCAUCAUCAUCACAUUCAUACUCAUCAUCAUAUUCAUCCAUUUCAUCAUCAACAUCAUCUUGACGCGCCAAAUACAUUUUUCUAUCCACCAGCAUCAUCCGAUUCAUCAUCAAAUAAUACCAAUGAUUUAAUUUUACAACAAACAGAUAUUAAACCAACAAAUACAUAUUUAUUUUCAAAUGCAAAAAGUAUUUCUCCAUCGCCAGCAAGUCCACCAAACAGUGUUGCUACUGCGUGGCCUGUUAUAAUGCAACAUCAUCAACAUAAACAACAUGCUUUAUCAAUUGAAGAUUAUUGGGCAUCAAAUCCUUCGAAUUAUUAUCAACCUUCGACUUAUCAUCAUCAUCCGUCAAGUUAUAUGGCCAAUCAUCAAUUUCUUCCAACUGCCGAUCAUGAACAUCAUUUCCAUUCAAAUCCACCAGCUACAUCAUCGAACCAAGGCAGUAGUAUUGUUGAAGAUAAUGAUAUAAAUAUAACUCAAUGUCGUUCAAAUAAUAAUAAUAAUAAUAAUGAGGAGGAGGAGGAACAACAGAUACAUAUGGAUAAUAACGAUUUAAAUCGUUUUUCAAAGCAAUUUAAACAGCGACGUAUUAAACUUGGCUAUACACAAGCAGAUGUUGGCCUGGCAUUGGGAAAUCUGUAUGGCAAUGUUUUUAGUCAAACAACAAUAUGUCGUUUUGAAGCAUUACAAUUAAGUUUUAAAAAUAUGUGUAAAUUACGUCCACUAUUAGCCAAAUGGCUAGAAGAUUCCGAGUCACAAACAGGUACAACUAAUUCUAUGGAGAAAAUUGCAGCCAGUGGACGUAAACGAAAAAAACGUACAUCAAUUGAAGUUAGUAUUAAACAAACACUUGAAAUACAAUUCUGUCGAAAUCCAAAGCCGACCGCACAAGACAUAACACAAUUAGCUGAUCAAUUACAACUUGAAAAAGAAGUUGUUCGAGUAUGGUUUUGUAAUCGACGACAAAAAGAAAAGCGUGUUACACCACCGUUAGUAAACGUCUCAGCAUCAGCAUCAAAUAAUAAUAAUGCUCAUCAUCAUCAUCAUAUAAAAAGUCCAAGUACACCACCAUCAUCUCAUGGAAAUGGAGAAGAAUAUUAUGAAUAUCAUUAUCCAACACAUUUGUAG